UCUACUGCGCAUGUGUACAGUCAGGUCUUACCCUCCUGGCCACUAGGAGGCGCUGCCUGCUGAUGAUAGUUGGUGCCAGUGCUGCUACAUGUGACAUUGACACAACAGAGCAACAGAGGCACAAUGAGGCUGACCGCUCUCCUGUCUAUGGCAGCCAGGGUGGUUAUACCCAAAGAUUACCGCUUUGGUACCAACAGACCGUGGACGCCUGCUGCUAAGAGGCUGAACCCGCCGGGGAAGAAGAGGAGAAAGGUGUUUGUGGAGCCGAUAGCACCAGAGGACUGGUCUGUGCUUAGAGGGGACACGGUUGAGAUUCUCAAAGGAAAGGACAAAGGGAAGCAUGGAAAAGUGAUCCAAGUCUUCAGACACAGAAACUGGGUUAUGCUGGAGGGCCUAAACACACAUUACAGGUAUAUUGGAAAAACUGGGGAUUACCGGGGGACCUACAUUGCCAGUGAAGCCCCCCUCCUGCUCCAUGACGUUGCACUCAUUGACCCUUCAGACAGGAAGCCAACUGAUGUGGAGUGGAAAUUCACAGAGGAGGGUGAGAGAGUCCGAGUGUCUCUCAGGACUGGUAGAAUCAUCCCGAAACCCAUUGUAGAGAGACGAGAUGGCAUUGUACCACAGCAGUGGAAAGAUGGUCCGAAAGAUACCAGUCCAGAAGACACUUUAGAAAAGACCUACACACCGUCUCUUAAAACCCUGGAGGAGGAAGUCAUGGAGAAACUGGGCAUCCAGGAGAAAAGAAGGCCCCGAAGGUCCUACUGGUACUGACCAGAGAAUUCAGAGACACUCAGGCCCCAUUGUGCUAUCCAGUUUUCACAGGGACUCUGAACAAAUUUUUGGUGAAAGUCGAGAAUAACUAUGAGGAUGACAUAAGUAAGGUUUAUGGACUGUAAAAUACUGGUGCAACAUACAUGUUAUUAUUAAGGAAAUGACAGCUUUGUAAAAAUAUGAGGUGAAAUGGCCCUGAAUGGGUACAGUUUCAAUUGUUCUCUAUUUACAGCAGAGUUCGAAUUAUGUUUCUUUCUUUGUAAUUGUGAAUAAAUGUCAUACGUAAACUA